AGUAGACCCAGAGGCAGACCCAGAGCAAUACCUGCUGCCUGCAUCUCGCAGAUUUCUCGCCUUCGUCCUUUGGUCCUUGGGCGUAUGGACAAAGAGUGCCCCCACUGUCACGCGUUGCACUGGAUUAAUGAAAGGCAAGAGAUAUCUCCCAUUAGAAAUCCCAGCUGGGAAUCGUGUUUCAAGCAGGGAUCAGUCCAGCUGCAGCUCUUGCCCGAUCCACCUGAAUACUUGAAGGACUUGCUCGAGCAUGCAGACACCCAAGGACGUCACUUCAAGGACAGCCUUCGCCAGUAUAACGCUGCCUCUGCGUUUAGCUCUUUGGGAUGUGACAUUGUCUCAGCUGAGGAACAUAAUUCCAGCAAUAACAGAGGUGGACUUAACGCAUUCCAGAUCCUUGGCGUCCUUUGUCACCGCCAAGGGCCUCUACUUCCAGUUGAGGGCAAAGUAUCUUCGUAUUCUCAACUGUACGUCUAUGAUCCUUUGUAUGCUGCUCAGAGACGAUCAGAAAGGAAUGAAAAUCUGGACCAUGAAAUUAUAGGAAACCUUUCAACUAUGUUUGCUUAAUGCAGCCCUUUCGCACGUAUUUAUCGCCAUGCAUAUGAAAUAUUGAGCAACCAUUGAAGCUCCAACAUUAACAGUGAGGUCAGGUCAAGCAACAAUGACUCUGCGGAAAGUGGUCCACCCUACAUUAUCACCAACCCUUUGAUGAGAAUGAGAAUAGUUAGAGAGGACAAUAGACGCACCCAUAAGCUGAGCAUAAUGGAAGAAAUUACUGCAGACAUUCUUAUUGAAUACAGCAAUAGAAGUGUCUGUGACAUCGAUCUUUUCUGAGGAGGCAGUAGUAGAAGCAGAAGUGGUAGUUUGCGUCAACAAUAUGCUUUUGCACAAUAUUUUCAGAGCAUUAGCUACACUCACGCUGGAUAUGCCAAAUCAUUGUUUAUAUUUGCUUCUUAGUUUUUUUUUAUCUAAUAAACA